AUAGGGCAAAAUAGCCACUAACACCAAAGACGGGACAACGUGCCUGCGUUGCAGUCGAUCUACAUAGCACUUCUGCUCCUUCACCCCCUCUGUUCUUCUUUCUCUACAGAACAAUCUUUCUCUCUCCCCUUCGCUCCCAGGGUUGUUAAAAAAUGACUGAGCCUUCCAAAGUUAUACAUGUUCGCAACGUGGGGCAUGAAAUUUCUGAAAAUGACUUGCUUCAGCUGUUCCAGCCAUUCGGGGUUAUAACAAAGCUUGUUAUGCUUCGUGCUAAAAAUCAGGCUCUCCUUCAAAUGCAAGAUGUUCCUUCAGCUAUCAAUGCUCUCCAACUCUAUACAAACAUUCAGCCAACCAUAAGGGGAAGGAAUGUUUAUGUUCAAUUCUCAUCACAUCAAGAACUUACUACAAUGGAUCAAAAUACUCAAGGGCGAGGAGACGAGCCAAAUCGAAUUCUGUUAGUUACAAUACAUCACAUGCUUUAUCCUAUUACAGUGGAAGUGCUGCAUCAAGUUUUUUCUCCCCAUGGAUUUGUGGAGAAGAUUGUCACGUUUCAGAAGUCGGCUGGUUUUCAAGCCCUUAUCCAGUACCAGUCACGCCAGUGUGCUGUUCAGGCUAGGACUUCUCUUCAGGGACGCAAUAUCUAUGAUGGCUGCUGUCAGCUGGACAUUCAGUUUUCAAACCUGGACGAGCUGCAAGUGAACUACAACAAUGACCGCUCAAGGGAUUUCACUAAUCCUAACCUGCCUUCAGAACAGAAAGGCAGAUCUUCCCAACAGCCAGCAUAUGGUGAUGUAGUUGGAUAUCCUCAGAUCCCUAAUGCAGCGGCAAUUGCUGCUGCCUUUGGUGGAGGUUUGCCUCCUGGAAUUAGUGGGACAAAUGAUAGAUGCACGGUUCUUGCCUCCAAUUUAAAUCCUGAUAGAAUAGAUGAGGAUAAGCUGUUCAACCUGUUUUCUCUCUAUGGAAACAUAGUGCGGAUUAAGCUUCUUCGCAACAAGCCCGACCAUGCACUUGUUCAGAUGGGGGAUGGUUUCCAAGCAGAGUUGGCAGUACAUUUUUUGAAGGGUGCCAUGCUUUUUGGAAAGCGAUUGGAGGUCAACUUUUCAAAGCAUCCAAACAUAACUCAAGGUUCUGAUACGCACGAGUACAUGCACUCUAAUCUGAAUCGCUUCAACCGUAAUGCUGCGAAGAACUAUCGAUACUGCUGCUCACCAACAAAGAUGAUUCAUCUUUCCACUUUACCUCAGGACAUCACUGAGGAGGAGAUUGGGAAUCUUGUAGAGGAACACGGGACCAUUGUGAACACCAAGCUCUUUGAGAUGAAUGGGAAGAAGCAAGCCCUUGUUCUGUUUGAAACCGAGGAGGAGGCUACUGAAGCCCUUGUGUGCAAGCAUGCUACUUCACUUGCUGGGUCAAUAGUCCGGAUCUCAUUCUCCCAGCUACAAUCCAUUAGAGAGAACCACUAAAAGAAAAGCAGUGUUAAGGAUUUGCUGUGGAAAUAAUAAUUCUUGAGGAUUCAUGCUUGGCCAGGAUAUUCACAUGUUGGUGACAGCUCCUACUCUCUUCUCUUGUAAUGGGUUCAUUGCUUUCCUACUGGUGGAUGUUCAUUCUCUUUCAUUUAUCAUCUUUUUCGCUCACAUUUUUUUUCCUAGGAAUGUUCAUUUAAUAUCAGGAGUAGAGUUCAUGUUUGCAGAUUUGGUCAGUUUUGAAGAGUAGGGAGAGAGAAAUGUGGUACCUUUCUCGUUGAGGGGAUCAUGUUGUAGCAUUGGUGUACAUUCUUGUAAUUCAGGCUAAUUGGGCCGUUUCUGUUG